CCAGGAACGAUAGACACAUUUUACCUGCUGCAAUAGAGCAGCUCAGAAACUGCUCCGAGCGUUGGGUUGUAUACAGUCAAAUCUACCCCUUUAGAAUAACUAUUUUGUUGUUUGUUUGAGGGUCUCUAGAGAGACUUCUCAUGAACAAAAAGAACAGGAAAUCACGCACAUAUUAUUUACUCUGUUGAUCGGGGGAACUUUCCGAAACUUGCUUCAUCCCCCAAGCACUUCUGGAUUUACGCAGCACGUCUAUUACGGUCGACUUUGCCAGUGACUUUGACCGCUUGGGUCUGUCAAGUUAACGUCGCGGGGGAUCUGCGUUAAGGAGAGACCGCUCUAUUUGAAGGGAUUCACGCACGUCUGGAUAUUAACUUCCCUUGUUAAUUUGAGAACGGUCUCUGAGGAAGACAGUGGAUGUUAUUGUGUUCGUGUUUUUGGACAUUUUGUACCAACUAAUACCGCAGAAGCGUCAACAUGUUGAGUAACACUGGAGUCUAUGCUGUCAAGAAGCGGAAGAAGCCCGUUCAAAAAACCAAGAAAUCUCCUGCUCCAGAUGUGGUCAAGUCGAACCCAUCCAAACGCCACCGGGAUCGGCUGAAUGGGGAGCUGGACAGGCUGACAGGCCUCCUACCAUUCCCUGAGGAUGUGCGCUCUCGCCUGGACAAACUCUCUGUGCUCCGCAUCAGCGUCGGCUACCUGAAGGUGAAGAGCUUCUUCAAAGCAACCAUGAAGAAAAGCAGUGUCCUGUUUCCUGGGGGGGAUGGCCUGAACGUGAAUGGGAUGAAUGCCCCAACCUUCUCCGAGGGGGACCUACUUCUCCAGGCUCUGAAUGGCUUUGUGCUGGUGGUCACAGCUGAGGGACAUGUGUUCUAUUCCUCUCCUACUAUCCAAGACUACCUGGGCUUCCAUCAGUCAGACGUGGUCCACCAGAGUGUGUUUGAGCUGAUCCACACAGACGACAGAGCCACGUUCAGACGACAGCUUCACUUUGCCCUCAACCCCAAGCCCUUUGACCCAGAGCAGGGAGGAGACGGCAUGGCGAGCAGCAGUGACAUCACCAGGAACAUCGUGACCUAUAACCCUGAGCAGCUCCCACCAGAGAACUCCUCCUUCCUGGAGAGGAACUUCGUGUGUCGCUUCCGCUGCCUCCUGGACAACUCCUCUGGCUUCCUGGCUCUGAACUUCCAGGGGCGUUUGAAGUUCCUCCAUUGCCAGAGCAUGCUGGGGGAUGACGGGACGCACAGCCAGCCCAGGUUGGGCCUGUUCACCAUCGCCACCCCUGUCCACACCCCGUCCAUAUUGGAGAUCAGAAACAAGACGAUCUUCUUCCAGACCAAACACAAGCUUGACUUCACCCCGACGGGUGUCGAUGCCAGGGGGAAGGUUGUCCUGGGAUACUCAGAGAUUGAGUUGUGUAUGAGAGGCUCUGGGUAUCAGUUCAUCCACGCAGCUGAUAUGAUGUACUGUGCAGAUAGCCAUGUCAGAAUGAUUAAGACAGGAGAGAGUGGUCUGACCACGUUCAGACUGCUGCAGAAGACUGGGUGCUGGGUCUGGGUCCAGGCCAAUGCCAGGCUUGUCUACAAAGGAGGAAGACCCGACUUCAUCAUCGCACGCCAGAGAGCUUUACUUAAUUCUGAGGGAGAGGAGAAUCUACGCCAGAGGAAGAUGCAGCUGCCCUUCAGCUUCACCACCGGGGAGGCCCUGCUGUACGAGACCGGCCCCACCCUGGAUGCCACAGAGUUCCAAACCAACCCCCCAAAAAUCUGCAAGGUGGAGUCUCUGGACCCCCAGUCUCUACUGGGCUCUUUACUAAAGCAGGACGAAACCGUCUACACCCAGCCCCAGGAGCCUCAGCUACCCAUAGACCAGGUAUUCAUGGACAGCCGAGCGCUCACCAACGUGGCCUGUAACUCCUGGCAGAGUAGCAUGGAGCCCCAGGGGCCCGACGGGGUUGAUGAUGGUGAUAGCCCCAGGGAGGUCAAGCACGAGGGGGCGUUGGUAGCCAUGAUCGAUGCCCUGGAAAAGAUGGCGCAGGAUGGGGACCUGUGUGCGGCUCUGCAGGGGAUGGACGUGGGUACGGCGGAGCUGAUGGAGUGGGAGAGCACCCUCCUCAGGCUGAGCCAGAACUCUAAUGGGACCGGGAGCGGGGACACCUCCCUAGAGCUGGAUGACAUCAUGACCAACGACAUCUUCUCUUACGUGGAGGAAGCCUUGUUCAAGGAGAGCAGCGAGGGGAGCGGUAACCAGCCCAACUGCUCCACCAUGGUCAACAACGACCCUAACCUGUUCACAGGGGUGCUCGACAACAACAACCAGGGUGGACCAUUUACAGGAGUGGUCAGCCCUACUACAGGUGCCGGACAGUGCAAGCCCGGGUUGCUUGACAAAUUCAGCUUUGUCCAAAAUGGCUCCCCAGUGAACGAUCGAAAUGGUAUCAGCCACAGUCAGGUAACAGGCAACAGAGUAGUUGGUUUGGCAGGACAGAACCAGGCAGGACCACAGCAGUUGUUCAAGAGCACCCAGAGGCUCUCCCACUUCGGCCCCCAGAUUCCUCAGACGGGCCUGAAUAUCCCCAUCCUGCAGCAGCUACAGCUCAACGACAUCUUCACCCCCUCUCUGGAGCUCCCCGAGCUCAGUAACCCACAUAGCUCAGGCCAGAAUGAGUCUGUCACGUUAAGCACUAGCAUGGCUGGAUCCUGUGCUCAGGCACCAAACAACCACAUGGGAAGCCCUCAGAUCAUCGCUGGCCAGGUCCAAUCUAACCAGCCACCUCCACAGUGUUUCCCUCAUAAUGGCUUGCCAGCUGCAAUGGCACCAAACGGACCAGAGGAGAUCUCUGUUCCACAGUCCAACCAUCUACCACCUAUUCUGGUGGAUGCUUGGGCAUCUUUGAUUCCCAGUAAUGGCUUUGUUUCACCCCAGAUUGCCUGCAGUGCACCAUUUCAGUCACUAAAAACCCAGAAAGUGCAGCAGUGGCCCCAGAACCAGCAGCAUCAGCUACCACCACCCGCCAGCACAAUGAAAAAUGGACACCAAUUCAUCCCAGACUGUCACAGUCAAGCCACAGAGACCCAAAGAGUCCCUCUCACAGGCCUUUGGCCACAGAACACCAACGGAUUGUACCACCAACCCCAGCAGGGGCGAUUGGCCAACGGCCAGCCUGCUCCAUCCGGCAGCUGUAUGUUUGAGAACGUCUCACCCCCCCUCCCCAACAGAAACAGCCACGUGGAUGGCACCAUUCUGCCUCCCCCCUUGUCUGUAUGCCAGGGGAGGAUGGUGGACCCCCAGGACCAGAGCUACUUGCAGUGGGGCCCCAGUGAGCCGGUGGUGGACACGUCAGCCAUCAUCCAGGACAACACCGGAAUCAGCUUCCCGGCUCGCCCGCUUGUGGCCAACAUCACCACCCCCGAGAGCCUACUGGCCAUGCAGCAGUACCUUUCUGGACGCAACAGAGUCGGACAGACACAGAUCCCAAGCCUCUGUGUAGUAGACAGCAAUGGAACAUUCUCCUCAUCCCCACUUGUCAAUGGAACAUUCUCCUCAUCCCCACUUGUCAAUGGAACAUUCUCCUCACCCCCACUUGUCAAUGGAACAUUCUCCUCAGCCCCACUUGUCAAUGGAACCAUGUGCUUUACAGACCACAACCAAACCAACUAUUGUGACUUCUAAACACGAGUCACAUUUUACUCUGUAAACAUCAUGGACAAAAAGAGGAGGAAGCCAUCCAUGGAUCUGUUCAUCCAUCCAUCCGUACACAUUCAAAGACAACACACUGCCUUAAGAGCUGCCUCAGGGAGGGUGUCGUGAUGACAAGCCAUCUCCUAGUCAGACACACCAUUCAUCUCCCCAUAUCAGUGUUUACAGGAAAUACAAAAGGACUCUUUUGAUUAAGCACUUGUCACUUCUGUCAGCAAUGGAACAAAAAGCAGCAACUUUACAUGGAACUGGUUUUCUUUCUUUUUUUGUUGGGUUGUCUUCUGUUUUGUUUGUUGUUGCCUUGUCUUUGCUUUUAUUACUGUGGAAAAACAGUAUCUGUCACAACUUCAAUGAUAUGAAUGAAGUUUGAAUCCUCACUGGUGAAUUUGGCUUGUGUUAUAAUGGCUUUUUAGGGUCAUGCCCAAUUCCCAAAAUGAUUUAUAUAUAUUAAUGAAGCAGGCCAUAUUCAUUUCUUUUUACGGUUGUUUCUUCUUACAUUUAAAGUUGGAUGGUGACAGGACACCAUUCAAGUUUUCACUCGUGGAGAAACAUACAAAAAAAUGAUAUUGUACUCAGAGAUUAAAAAUAAAGGCAAAACAUCCUCAAUUUAUAUAUGGAGUGUAGGGUUGCAAAAUUCUGUGAGCUUUAGAUACAUUUCCUAAUUUUUACAAAAUCCCAGUUGGAGAAUUCCUUGAAUCAGGAAUCAGGGAAUAAGCAGGAAAUCCAGAAUCCUCCAACCAGGGAAAACCAGGGAAUUUAUUGAAUGUUCCUGGAAUUUUGCAACCCUAAUGAAGUGUAAAUACAGAAAUGGCCUCUAUAUUAUUAUAAAGAUAUUAUUGUUUUUAUUAUGUGAGUGUGUUAUGGCUGUGAUGAAUAUGACUGUGUGUACAUGGGGUGUGUUCCUGUUUGUGUUUGCUUGUUCUGAAGAAUGAGUGAAGCAGUGUACAAAUAGAAUUUCUGAGGAAAAAGCAACGUAUUUCAUUGAAAUGUCUGCAUUGGUUGCAGAGUAGGCUAUAAAAAAACAAAUUAUGUGCUUUCAGAUUGUACUUCUUGUAAUGCUAUUGGUAUCCAAAUGUCAUUACAAUUUAACAAUAGUCUGAUAUAGUACGUUGAUAAUGCUAUAUCAAUAGUAUUCAAUCCAUUUAUAGUUGUUUCUUUGUUUAAUCUAAACUUCACUGAGCCAUAUGCUAACUUGUGGUAAUUUUUUUACUUUAUUUUUUUUUCAUAAUAUCAACUGUGGAGGAAGGUGUAGUGCAUGUUAAGGAGACUCAGGAGACAUACAGUCGCUAGUGAAAGUCGACACACCACUUGCACAGUCUUCACAUUUUGCUACCUUAAAAUCUGAAAAGAGAUUUUUUUCCUACCGAUCUAAACAAUCUACACAUUUUCAAAGUGAAAGAAAAAUGUAUAAAAAAGAAAUAGGAAACAAAGAUGUUUUGAUUGCGUUUGUCUUCGCAGCCGAGAGGUUAAUACUUGAUGGAAGACCCCUUUUUGUUGUAAUUUUUCUCUCCCCAAUUUCGUGGUAUCCAAUGUGUAGUUAGAAUCUUGUCUCAUUGCUGCAACUCCCCUAUGGACUCGGGAGAGGUAAAGGUUGAGAGCCAUGCGUCCUCCAAAACACGACCCUGCCAGGCCGCACUGCUUCUUGACACACUGCUCGCUUAACCCGGAAGCCAACCGCACCAAUGUGUCGGAGGAAACACCGUCCGACUGACGACCGAUGUCAGCUUGCAGGUGCCCGACCUGCCACAAGGAGGUCGGUAGAGCACGAUGAGACAAGGAAAUCCCAGCCGGCCAAACCUUCCCCGAACCCGGACGACACUGGACCAAACCCUCCCCUAAUCCGGAUGACGCUAGGCAAAUUGUGCGCUGCUUCAUGGGUCUCCCGGUCACGGCUGGCUGUGGCACAGCCUGGGAACGAAACCGAGGCUGUAGUGAUGCCUCAGCACUGCAAUGCUGUUCCUUAGACCACUGCACCACUUGGGAGUCUCCGGUGGAAGCACCUUUGAUAGUCAUUACAGCUGUGAAUUAUUUUGAAUAAGAUUAUACCAACUUUUAGAGAAACAUAUUUUCAUUGUCUAUGUCAAAAUUGCUUAAGGUCAGUAAAUUUGUUCAGGAGUCAUUGAUCGGCAGCCAUAUUCAAACCUUGUUUCUGAUUGUCAAGCAAAUUUAAGUCAAGGCUAAGAAACACUCAAGUACACUCAAGCCAUUCUGGUGUCUUUGGCAUUAACAUUUUUGUAACUGUGCCGCUGAAAAUAAAACUCUAUUCCAGGGUUUUCCUCAACUUUUUACCUAGGCUUUGCUCUUUUCAUGUUUCUUUUGAUCCUGACAAACUCCUCAGUCCCUACUAGUGACAGGCAUACCCAUAACAUGAUGCUUCCACCACAAUACUUGAAAAUACAGACGGUUUAUAUUGGAUUUGACAAAAGCCUGUAGUUUUUUUUAUUUAGGCCAAAAAGUGAUUUAUUUGCCGUGUUGCCUUGCAGUAUUACUUUAGAGCCUUGUUGCAACCAGAAUGGAUGAUUUGUAAUGGAUAUUGUAACACAGGCUUCCUUCUCUUCACCUUAUCAUACAGGCCAGUAAUGUGGAGUGAAUGUAAUGUUGUUGAUCCUCUGUAUUUUCAAGUAUUGUGGUGGCAGCAUCAUGUCAUGGGUAUGCUUGUCAUGCCAGUGGCUGGGGAGUUUCUCAGGAUCAAAAUAAAUAUAAAAGGAGCAAAGCCCAGGUAAAAAGCUAGAGGAAAACCAGCCUCAGUCUUCUGAAUACCUAACCCUGGGAUAGAUUUUUAAAUUUCUGCCGGACAAUUUCACGAAAGUCAAAUGCCAAAGACACACCAGUAUGCCUUUCCAAUAGGUGUUGCGUGGUCCUGAAUGGUCCAGUCUCAGUCCUGACUUAAACCUGCUCAAAUCAGAAACAUCAUUUGAAUAUUGCUGCGCAUCAAUGAUUCCCAACUUAAUGUACUGUGCUUGAGCAAUUUUGACAAAAACAAUGGAUACGCAGUAUGCUGCCCUAAGAGUAGUAGAAUCUUAUUCAAAAUUAUUCACAGCUUUAAUGGCUGGCAAAGGUGCUUCCACCAAUUAUCAACUCUGGUGUGAAGACAUACGCAAUCAAUACAUUUUUGUUUUAUUUGUAAUUAAUUAGGAACAUUUUCUAUACAUAUUUUUUCAAUUUGAAAACUUGGCGUAGGUUGUGUACAUCAAUAGGAAAAAAAUUGUAAUGCAAUUUUUAGAUAACAUUUUAAUGUGAAGGAGUGUGCAGACUUUCACUAGGCACUGUAGGUCCUAGAAGUCUAGUGUGGUAACCAUGGUUACUAUAGACAUGGGACUGGAAGUAGAACUUCCCACGAGUCCACAUGUUGAUCAGCAUAUUCGACAAAUGGAACUUCCCAUUUAGUCCCAUGUCAGUUGAUGAUUUACAGUAACAUGGCAGGUCCUCCCGUUGUAAAGGCCCCCUGACACUGAAGUCUCCCGUCAUCACUCUGACUCCUCCCUCAAAGGCAUCUGAGGCUAAAUCAAUAAGGCUGCCCACCUUUUAUUUCCCUUGACCUAUUUCCUCAUUCUGGUCAUAUGAAAAGACAAGGCAGGUUUCCGCCAUAUUCCCCUAUAUGGCGGAAACUAAACCCGGCCAACUAGAGGGCCUCUCCUGCCAAACUGCUCUCACUGACAGUUCUCUCAGCUCAAUAAGGCAGAGGAAGUUACACAUAGCAAAGGGAGCUGUUAUAUGUAUUGGGUGUAUUCACAUUUAGCUUUGCUUUUGAAUUAUAUUUAGCAACUUUUCUCAUGCUUUUUGCUUCACCGAGCUGAUUUAUAAUAUAAUGGGUGGCAAGUUUUCAAAGCGCCUGCCUUGAAAUGUUGAUAAAGUUCCUUGUAUCAAAGUUGAUAUGAAAGAAAGGGAAGGGUAUACAUUAUAUAUCACCUCUAGGGUUGCAAAACUCCAGGAACUUUCAAUACAUUUCCUGGUUUUCCAGAAAUCCUGGUUGGAGGAUUCCAGAUUUCCUGCUUAUUCCUUCCUGAUUCCGGGAAUCCUCCAACUGGGAUUUCAGGGAAAAACCUGGGAAUUUAUUGAAAGUUCCCAGAAUUUUGCCACCCUAAUCCACCCCCUGCUAUAUAUCUAUUCGUUAAGCUUACUCUUCAACGGUCUCCGACAUCAGGCAGUUGCAGAGUUCAGCAUCAAUAUAUUAUGAAUAUUUCAGUUUUUGCAUUUGUUUGUCGUAUGUUUGGUUAUUUCAUGUUGUUAUUAUGUCUCGUGGCCUUACAACAUCUGUUAGACAUUUGUUCUCCUUGGAAAUAUUUGUCUCCACAUAAAUAUUUAAUUUAGUGUAGUUCACUUGUAUUUAGGCAAGUAUAGCGUAUGCAUUGUAUUGAUAUUUACCACCUUGUGUUUGUUACCUUAUAUUCUCACCUGUAAAAUUAAUUAUCAUAUAAAAAAGAUUUCUAAUAACUUA